UAUACAGGAGCAGGAGAAAAUGGUGGGCGGUUUUGUUUUUGGAUUCAGAUCAGAUAUUCAGAUCUAAGAGCCUGCAAGUGCAAGUGGGUUGUUUUAAUUUGUAGUCAGAAGCUUAGAUUGUGAGGAAAAUCUGGCAAGAAAAAUUCCAUCAGUGAGAUUUUAUAUUAUUUUUAUGUUUUUGUGGUUAUUGGGUUUUGUUGAGAAUGUUAUAAUGCUUGUUUGAUGUGUUAUAUAAGGUUUUGUGGUUGUUUGGAUGACAUUUUGGUGGGAAUCUUGUUCUGUGAUAUUGGUUUUAGUUUGAAAGCUCCUCUUGGCCUUCUCUAGAGAUUGGAAUUGAAGUCCUUUUUAUUAUAUUUAUAUUUUUUGUUGUUUUGAUUUGAUUUUAGGAAUAAUUUCUUUAUUGAAAAGAUAGAAUCUUUUAGCCUAUUUUGAGUUUCUUAUUCUUCUUCUUCUUCUUUUUGGGUGAUUUUUUUGGUGGUUUUGGGUAUUGUGAGAAAUGGGUUUUUGGGGUGUUGUGGUUAAAUGAUUUGGGGGUUUGGAAUGUUGCAUGGAUUUUCCUUGUUGGGUUCUGUGGAUUGGAGUUUAAGAGGUUUCAAGGAAGAACUGCUGGUAAGAGAUGUAUCUUUUUGUAUUGGGAAAGAUGAAAUCUUUUAGCCCAUUUUAAGUGGUUUUUGUGUUGGGUCUGUUUUCAAUCGUUGUUUUACUUUUUCAUUUUUAUUCUUUUGGGUAUUAUUAGAAAUUGGUUUCUGAUGUAGAAUUCGCUUGGCUAGUUCGGAGAGUUUUAAGGAUUUUCAGUUUUUAGGUGGAUUGUAGGUACAAAAUCAGAAUCUUUUAGCCCGUUUCAGGGUAAUCUUUUGUUUCUCAUCUUGAGCCUUAUCUUUUGGGUUGAGAGAUUUAGGCCGUAUCUUGCAGUAUACCUCAGUUCACGUUUCCGAUGAAAGGAAUUUGUUAAUUCCACCCUACAUUGAAAAAAUAAAAGAAGCUGAAUUUGGAAACACAGCGGAUUUUGUGUUGCGCUUCUCAAACUGGCCUUAGAUAACGUCACAUAGGAACUGAAACGACUGAGCUAUCUUGUUUUUUGGAAAUCAGCUCAAACGUGCCUCAAAUUCUUCAGUUGUUUGGGUGAGAUCUGUUGAAUGGGAACUCAGACAAUGGGGUCUCAAGGUGGGGGGCAACAGUCUCAGUAUCAGUCGCUGGCUCGACAAAGCUCUUUGUAUAGCCUCACGCUUGAUGAAGUCCAAAACCAUUUAGGAGACUUAGGAAAACCUCUGAGUAGUAUGAAUCUUGACGAGCUUCUCAAGAAUGUCUGGUCGGUUGAAACUAACCAAGCCUUGACGAUAGACACUGAGGAUGGCACCCCCGCUAGCCAAUUUGCUUCUGUAUCUGGUCUGCAGCGGCAGGGGAGCUUGACAUUGACCCAAGCCAUGAGCAAGAAGACUGUUGAUGAGGUGUGGAGAGAUAUUCAACAGGGGAAGAAGAAGAACAGUGAAAUGAGAAGAGUUCAGGAAAGGCAACCUACCCUGGGAGAAAUGACGUUGGAGGAUUUCUUGGUGAGGGCAGGUAUUGUUGCUGGAGAUUUGGAGAACAGAAAGGUGGUCGAGGGAGAUUUGCAGAAUCUUGAAGGGAUUUGCAAUGUGGGUUCUGUGGCAGGUGUUGAUCCGAUGGUGGGUGGCCAGAACUUCACACAGCAAGCUCAUUGGUUGCAGUAUCAGCAACAAAGCAUGAUGGGUGGUUAUAUGCCAGGCCAUCCUGUGGCGCAGCCUUUGGGUGCAGGUGGGAGUCCUCUUUUGGAUGUCGGAUAUCCAGAAAAUCAAAUGGGCAUGUCAUCACCGGCGAUGGGAACUCUGUCGGAUACGCAGACUCCAGGACGGAAACGUAAUGCUCCAGGAGAGGUGGUUGAGAAGACUGUCGAGAGGAGGCAGAAGAGAAUGAUCAAGAAUAGAGAGUCGGCGGCGCGGUCACGGGCCAGGAAGCAGGCUUACACAAAUGAGCUGGAGAUCAAGGUUUCCCGUCUGGAAGAAGAGAAUGAAAGGCUCAGGAAGCUGAAGGAACUGGACAGGAUAUUGUAUUCUGCGCCCUUUCCCGAGCCAAAGUAUCGACUCCGUAGAACGAGCUCGGCCCCUUUAUGACUUGUGUUGAUAUGAAGUUUUGUAGAUUUGUGUGGGGUAUUUUCCCUUCAUUUCCAGACUAGCAACAAUCAGUAGCUGGAGUCAGACCAGCAUUCGAGUUUAUUGAAGCUUGAGGCUUAUCUGUUUGAGUUUGUGGGAGCGUUGGAAUUCUGUUCAAGAGCUGCUUGCUGCUAACUUCUCUUUGAGGUUUGUUUCUAUGUACAUUUUUUAUAAUCACCUUCUCGUGGAAUUACAAAGCACCAUAAACAUUCUGAUAUAGGGUUUUAUUAUCGCGUAGAUGAAUUUCCAGUCUCAAGAUGAGGUAUUUGUAUGAUACAUUAUUGAUAAAUACAGUAUUUUCUUUGUUCA